AUGAAAUAUCUGAUAAUCUCAACACUGAUAUUAUUAUCUUAUUAAUGGUGGGAUGUGGGUCAUAUGAUGACUGCUUAAAUAGCCAAAAAUCAUCUAAGAGAUAAUAGACCUGAUGUUUUGGCAUGGGCAGAUUCAUUAGUAUAAGACUUUAAUCCCUUAACAGAUGGUAGAUCUAAUACAUUUGCUGAGGCUGCCGUUUGGCUUGAUGAUAUAAAAGAAACAGGUACCAAUUAUUUAAAUGAUUGGCAUUACACUGAUCGACCCAUGAAUCCAGAUGGACUCUAAAUAAAAAUAGAAGAUUAAGGUAGGAACAUUAAUUCAAUAUAUGCUAUUAAUUCAGCUACUUCUGUAUUAACCAAUACAAAAACUGUUAAAUACAGACAUACUGCUUUCAAAGCAUAAAUGAUUAGAGUAUUAUUACAUGUUAUUGGUGAUCUACAUUAACCACUACAUGAUACUACUUUUUGGAAUGUUACAUAUCCAAAUGGAGAUAAUGGAGGAAAUUUAAUGAAAAUAUAAGUAAAUUCAUUAUCUUUAUUAUUUAAAGAUAGAAAAUGGAACUUUUGUUAAUUUACAUUCAUUUUGGGAUGCUGGUGCAUUUGCAUUUACUUCGAAUUCUACUUUUCUAUCACGUCCAUUAUCUUAAAAAGAUUAAGAUUAUCUUGAUAAUUGGUCUAAAGACUUAAUCAGAUAAUACCCCUAUUCUAAUUAUUUAAAUUAUGAUAUGACGUAUCUAUUUAUUCAUUUAAUUAAAUAGUAAUCCUACUGUUUGGACUUAUGUUGGCUAUAGAUAAGCUUAAUAAUUUCUUUAUCCUAUGAUUUAAACAUCUAACUUAUAUAGCAAAGACUAUGUUUAAUAAGCCAAGUCAUUCUGUGAAAAUAAUCUUGCUAUUGGAGGUUAUAGAUUAGCAAACAAAUUAAUUGAAAUCUUUGACAUUAUACUCUUGAAUGAAUCCAAAAUUAAAUUAGAUCACUGAUUAUCAUUUUUAUUUAUCUCAAACUCUUUUAUUUUAUUAUACUUUAUAUUUUAUUAUUCAUUUAUAAAAUAAUUUAUAUAAAUCACAUCUUGUUAAUCAAUAUUUGAUAUUAUUAACAGACUUUUGAUGAUCUAAAUUACUUCUUAUUUCAAGCUUCANAUAAUAUAUAAUUAGAUAAGCAAAUCUUACAUAGCGUAAAU